UAUCAAAAUAAAUUCGAUAUUUUGUAAAAUUAUUUUUUCUAACUUUCAACAUCUACCUAUACAAAAUUAACCUAGAUUCUUUAAAAUCUGAAGACAUUGGAAUGUAUAUAAACCUAUUGUCAAUUAUUAAUCCUAAGGAAAAAUAAAAACAAAACUUCGAACUUCUUAUCGGGAAUUCGCGUUGAUUAUUACCCGCCCCGAUAAUGGUCAUGACGGAAGAUAACGCGAUAGACUUUUCGAAUCGCGCCAAAUAUUUUCACUUCGAAGAUUUGGCGCGCACGGGAAAAGAAUUCGAUCCUUCCAAACAGUCCCCACUUCAGCAGCAACAUAAGCUUCAAAAUACCGCCAAUAUCCAAAAUUUUUACCGCGAUUUUUCCACCCUACCAUCUAUAUCCUCCAACAAAUCCUCGUGCCACCCUAGUUUAUCGAAGGCGGGAUCUUGCGGUGAACCUAAUCGUUCCGCAUUUUUUGGGGGAGAUAAGUCGCCUCUAGAACAUCGACAAAAAACCGAUCGAACAGCUCCAGCUAAUAUGACUACCGUUUCGAACCCUAAAAAGGUCAAUUCCUUGAUUGCCAUGUUUUCGGGGUCUCACGGAAGUGCCAAUCACCCCCCUCCACAUUUAACUUCCGUCUCUUCUCCCCACAUCAAUAAUAACUCCAAUAAUUUCCCUACUCAUUUUACCUCCUCCUUUCACGCCAACAACAAUGUCAAUCAUCCUUCGAAUUUCUAUGCUUCCUCCAACAUCAACAGCAAUGCCAAUCAUACUUCAAAUUUCUCGGCGUCCUCCCACGUCAACAUCAAUGCCAAUCAUUCGUCAAAUUCCUUUGCUUCCUCCCACGUCAACAACAAUGUCAAUCAUUUCCCUCCUCAUUUCUCUCCCCCCUCAUCCCAUGUCAACAAUUCCAAUCAUGGCCAGUCGCCGGUAGUUAUAUCAGACCCGCGCCGAUGUUCAGUCAAAACGGCUGGCCACUCCCCCAAUCAAUCUACCGCCAGUCAUGUGACAUCGCCUACUUGCCAGAACAUCUGCCAUGAUAGUAGCGGUACCGGCGGUCAAAUGAUCGAAGUUUAUGAUGACACUAAAUUUGGUCUAGCCGGACUGAGACGCAAAAAUAGCUGCGACGGAAAAGUCGGCGAGGAUAAUUCCGCAUCGAGUAGCAGCACGAAAUCUUUUGACGUUAAUGGAUUAUUCACGAAUCCUGAUGGCAGUGAAAAAAUUGGAAAAGAUAAAAAGCUUGAUAAUUUUUCCAGAAAAUUCCAAAAUUUAUACCUUCCUGACAUUACAGAUGGGACUAUUCCCUCGGACACAGCUAAAAAUAUAUCCGGUGACAAAUCGAAGAAAAAUGACGACAAAUACUAUAGUUUUAAAAAUGGCCGCGAUUUAACGGCUGCUGUUCGUGACAGUGUUUCUCAUUUCACCGAUUUCGAUGCCCCAUCUACCAACGCGUUUAGGUUCAACGGUAAUGCCAGCGACAAUUUUCUAACCAAUCACGACGAAGGAAAAGGUUACGAUUGCUCCUCUCGUCGACCACGAAUCGCCGAAAUUCUCGACACGCCCUUUACCGUACAUCAAGCCGCCCGCAAUUCAGUCGAUUACGAUAACGCUGUCACACCUACCCCACCAAAAGAACAAAACCUAGUAAUGGAAAUCGCCGAUUCUGACCAGUGCCUGACAACUCCUCACGAUCAAAUGCCCAACUACCAAUCAGAAGAUCCUUAUAUCGAUAACAGUUACCCCGCGCACGCGCGUCAAAACUCCAAUGAUUCGACGGCGUCCUCAUCUUCCUCAUUUAGUUCCUUACUUUUAAUAGUUGCUUCCACGGCCGCUCCCGUUCACCUGCGCAAUAUCGAAAAUACGGAAGACCAAGAAGCCCGUCUUUGCGCGCGUGACGACGACCAUUUUUACGGACGAAACACCGACAGCCAAUUAUCUUCCUCCUCCGACUCCUCCCAGCAAAUGUCCCCAGUUCCCGCCCCUUUUCGAUCUCUCUUUUUCGACGGUAACAAAUCUCGGCACGGGUCUGGCGACGAACGUUUGGAUGGGCAGACCUCUGUCACGAUGCCAAACCCGUUUAACCUUUCCAAGAACUCGGGACGCGGCCAUUUUAUGUGUUCUUACUCGUCGACUCCCGUUUCAUGCAAUAAUCAUAAUGGCGGCGGUAGUAUGAGUCUCUCCGGUUCCUUUUCGGGCAAGAACCUUGGCAAUGCAAGUCAGCAAGUUCUCAUCAGCAGGUCAGAAUCGAGAGGUUCUAUAGCAAGCCUCACUUCGAUCGUAUCCUUGGCUUCCUCCACUAGUUACCUGUCACCAUACGAAUUACAGCAGCUGAUUGAAGAAGCCAAUCAAAGCCUGGACCAAUCGGGAUCGAGCGACCAUUUUGUCGAUGUUUUGAUUCUCCAUCGCGAACACAUGGGCGGGGGAAUAGGUAUAACGCUGGCGGGAGGCGUGGACCAAGAACAAAAGGAAAUUCGGAUACACAAAGUGAUAAGCGGGAGCGUGGCUGAAAAAGAUGGCCGAGCUCAAAAAGGUGACAGAGUUUUAUCUAUAAAUGGGAAGGCUAUGCACAACUUGACACAUCGACAAAGCGUCGAAUUCCUAAAGGCUCCUAGACCCGAAGUAGUAUUAGUUAUAUCCCGCCCAAAGACAGGUUCGUGUUCUCUUACGCGCUUAACCGACGCUGUCACGUCAAUUACCAGUGACAGACAUCGUCUCGACCAGAACCAUCUCCUAAAUCCACCCAGCAAAAAUUCCCACGAAAAAACGGAUAAUUUUGGCCUCUCGACAACCAUAGGUGGCGACGAAAAGUUACUCGUAGAAGAAGACAUUUUAGGGGGUAAAGAAGGACGACCAGCUGAUUUCGUAGAUGAAUGCGCGCUAAAAUGCGAACCCGGCGUUCCCUCCGAAGUUAUCAAAAUCGAGUUAGAAAAUACCGCCUCGUGUGGGCUCGGCUUUUCGCUAGAAGGCGGUCGAGCCUCCCUAUUCGGAGAUAAGCCUAUAACUAUCAAACGAGUUUUUAAAGGUGGAACUCUCGAUAGGUGCGGUCUAUUAAGCACGGGGGACGAGAUUUUAAUGGUCAACGACCAGAACACCGAACACAUGACUCAUUUUCAAGCUUGGAAUUUUGUCAAAUCGCUACCGGACGGGAAAGUUACGAUAGUAGCCCGAAAAAUGGCCACCAUCUCUUAAUCCUCCCUCACCCAUAUAUAUUUUUUUGAUAGUCAGCCUUCAUUUUUUUUACUCAUUAAACAAAAUUAUUAUUUUUCUAUUCUCAAUUCUUUAUUCCCCCACUUAAAUCCAUCAUUAUUCCACCAUCCCAUAAUUUUUAUAAUGCACCAAAUAUUGUUUAUAUGAUAAAGCCAUGCUCAAAAAAGAUAAUAAUAAAUCAAGAUAAUUCUUACCCCAUGAGAACUACAAAAAAAAUAGGAAAUUAGAUGAAGAAAAGAUUUCUAAUAUUUUUUAUAUAUAAAAAAAAUUAAUUGAUUUUUAUAAUACCACCACAAAAAUGAACGCAUAAUCCUUUUUUAAAUAAUUUUGAAAAUAAAAUUGAUAUUUUGCUACUUAAUAAAUAUAAAUCAUAAUAUUAAAAAUUGUAUUAACACGAGAAUCAAACCAACUAUUAUGCCUUAUCUCCUAUAAUAUUUAUAUUAUAAAUUAUGCAAAACAUUAUUUAUAUUAUUUUUUUUAAAUAUUAUAUUUUUAAUAUAUUGGAAAUAAAAUUAUAUUUUUUUUGC